AUGUCCACACCAUCGCCUCCUGCCGCCAAGCGGCCCAGGCUCGACGCCGACACACCUGUGUCCUUGAGCUCACCCGCUCGUGACGGGCUCUCAUUUACCUCCGCACCACCGACGGGGAACGGCGCACAAAAGGAGAACGGAGCUGCGUACGACAGCAGCGAUGACGAGGAGGAGGAGUUGCAGCCAGAGAAGGAGGACUUGUCGCAUCGUGACAUGUACCUCGACACUGUUUCCCGCUCCAAGCUCGACUUUGACUUUGAACGACUUUGCUCCAAGUCGCUCUCGAACAUCAAUGUGUACGCGUGCCUCGUAUGCGGAAAGUACUUCCAGGGGCGCGGACGAGGGUCGUGGGCGUAUAGACAUGCGGUCGGCGAGAACCAUCGCGUAUGGCUCAACCUGGCGACGGAAAAGUUCUAUGUCCUACCCGAGGGAUACGAAGUGACGGACCCGUCCCUCAACGACGUCCUCUCCGUGCUCAACCCACGGUACAAGGCCGAAGGGUUGCGCGGGCUGAGUGACUUGCGCGAGCCAUCAUACACUCUAGCCAACACAUCAUACAUUCCCGGCUACAUCGGUCUGAACAAUAUCAAGAAGAACGACUACCUCAACGUCAUCGUCCAACUUCUUCUGCAUGUGCCGCCCGUCCGUGACUUCCUCCUCAACCCAACCACUCCACAGCUGCAGGAGAAGGCACGCCCAACGGAGCUCGUGUCUCGCCUCGCAACGCUCUGCCGCCGCCUCUGGAACCCGCGCCUCUUCAAGGCUCAAGUAUCCCCACACGAGUUCUUCCAAGAGGUCACAAAGCGCAGUGCAGGCAAGUUCCGCACGACCGAGCAGGGAGACCCCGUCGAAUUCCUCGGGUGGCUCGUCAACACGCUCCACCGCGAUCUUGGGGGCACCAAAAAGCGUAAUUCGAGCAUCAUUUACACCACGUUCCAGGGGCGCGUGCAGAUCGAGACGCAACAGGUCAUCGUCCACAAGGACUAUGCGCGCCCCGUGUUCGACCUGUCUCGAGAAAUCCAGACCGUGUCCUCCCCUUUCCUCUUCCUGGCGCUUGAUCUCCCGCCCACACCGCUGUUCCAGGAUGACAACACGAGGAAGAUUAUCCCGCAGGUUCCAUUGUCCACGAUCCUCGCCAAGUUUGACGGCUUGACGACGCAGGAGUUCGGGCCCACGCUCAAACGCCAUCACCUCACGGCCCUACCGCCUUACCUUAUCCUCCACAUCAAGCGCUUCACCAAGAACAACUUCGUCGAAGAGAAGAACCCGACGAUUGUCAACUUCCCGAUGCGCGGCGUCGAGAUGGGGCCUUAUGUCGACCCCAAACCUUCCGAUCCCAUCCAUCUUGUGUACGAUCUUCUGUCCAAUGUCACGCUCGACACGACCGUCGCGUCGACAACAGCGGGACAGGCGUCCGGCAAGCGCGACCCCGCCGAUGAGGGCGUGACGACGUGGAAGAUUCACCAGCGAUGUGGGCGUGGUGGCGGCGACCACGAGAAGUGGUUCGAGAUGCAGGACCUGCGCGUCGACGAGGUCCGCAGCGAGAUGGUCUUCCUUGGUGAGACUGUUAUCCAGGUGUGGGAGAGGCGGGACCUGUCAACACCCAAGGCUUGA